AUGUCUGUACACUACAAAUUCAAAUCGGCACUAGAAUAUGAUACAGUUACUUUCGAUGGCCUACAUAUUUCAGUGAAAGAUCUAAAGAAUGCUAUCCUACAGCAAAAACGAAUUGGAAAAAGUACAGAUUUUGAUUUACAAGUAACUAAUGCACAAACUAAAGAAGUGUAUGCUGACGAAAAUGCACUGAUUCCCAAAAAUGCAUCACUACUUAUUGCGAGAAUACCAGUGAUACCACAAAAAAAUAAGUCUUGGGAAGGAUAUGGGGGUGAUAAUACACCUCCGCAAGCAAAAUCAGAUGAGGGUGGACCCAUAGCUAAAGAAGUUGACCUUUCGAACCUUGAUGCCCCCGAAGAUGACAAGAUUAGAGCUAUGAUGUCUCAGUCUACACAGGAAUAUGACCCUAGCAAUUAUAUGAAACUUCGAGGUGCUAACCAAGUUGGACCUGUACCACCAAACUAUCGUUGCUACAAGUGCUACCAAGGAGGGCACUGGAUCAAAGACUGUACUUUUAGUAUGGGAACUACUCAAGAUCCAGUCGACAUAAAGAAAAGCACCGGCAUCCCGCGGAGUUUUAUGGUAACAGUUGACGGUCCGCAAGUACCUGGCGCCAUGAUGACCCCAAACGGACAGUUCGCUGUGCCCCUAGUGGACCACCAAGCAUACACUCAAAAACCUGUACCUAUGCCUGUUCAAGCGCCUAAAAUGGAUAUUCCGGAAGAUUUAUUAUGCAGCAUUUGCUCCGAUUUGUUGACGGACGCCGUAAUGAUUCCUUGUUGUGGAAAUUCGUUUUGUGAUGAAUGCAUUAGAGGAGUAUUGUUAGAAAGUGAAGAUCACGAAUGUCCCGAUUGUCAUGAAAAAGAUAUUUCACCGGAUACUCUCAUUCCAAACAGGUUUUUAAGAACUUCUGUGGCAAACUUUAAAAACACCACAGGCUAUGUUAAAAUUCCUACUCGUAAACCACCCAGGCCAGAAGUUAUUACAAGUAUACCUAUUGAUCAAGAAAGUACACCUUCAGUUGAAGACCCGGCUGCUAAAAUUGAAGUGGAUUCUGAUAAACAGACUGUCAUAUCUGAAGCUGAUUCCACGGAACCUAUAAAAACGGUCAAUAAUAAUUCUGAUACAUUAAAAAAAAAAGACGAUGAUGAUGAUGUUGGUGGUGGUGACCGAUACACUCAAAAGGAACCUGUUGAUGGUCCACCAGGAGUCUCGCCUAGGGGUUCCCCAAGAGAUAGCCGAAAAUAUAGAGAUACUUCUCCUAGGAGUCCUCGUGAUCGGCCAAUUCGUAAUAGACGUAAAAGUAGAAGUUUAACAAGGAGUCCUUCUCCAAGAAGGAGUCCCAGAAGUCCUCGACGUCGAAGAUCUCGAUCUAGGACUAAAUCUAGAUCACGAGAAAGAAGAUCGGGAACCCCAACUAUAGACGAACCGCUUGGUUCUAGUAACAGCUUUCCUCCAACGACAUUUGGAACUUCUGCUAUUACAACAGUUGGCCCAAUUCAGGGUCAUCCGUCUCAAGUUCCUGGUAACUUCCAACCACCAAUUGGAACGUUUCCUACGCAAGGACCUCCACCAAACUAUAGAUUUCCACCACCAGGGGGCGCAGCUCCUUAUAUGCCACCAGGUCCCUACAGUGUUCCUCGUGGCAUGUUCGACGCUGCAAGACCCCCUAUCGGUGGACCCCCUCCGAAUUUCCAAAAUUUCCCUCCUAGAGGUCAUCGUGAUUAUAAUAGAAGAAUGCUAGACAGAGCACCUGCUGGGGUCAUAGAUGAUCCCCUGGCGGCUUUUAACAGAUUGUUGAGAGAAAAGGAUGAACAGAAGCGUAGAGCUAAGCAAAGAGGUUUUAGGAGAAGCUACAGUCGAAGUCGUAGUCGCAGUAGAAGUUAUAGCAGAUCUCCUGUUAGGCGGAGGAGUAGAUCUCCGAGGCCGAAUAGACGAUCCAGAAGUAGGUCAAGAUCGUUCUCUUUGAGUCGGUCUCGAUCGAGGUCGUUUUCGGGGAGUUUAAGAGGUUCGCCCCACAGGCAAUUGUCACCUGCCAGGCGAUCCCCGCCACCUAGCGCGCCUCGAAGGGGCUCUAGAUAUAGAUCACCUCUGAGAUCGCCUCCAAGAUCCAGAAACAGGGAUCGCGACUACGACGACGAUAGAGAUUUUGAUAGAAACGAUCGUAGAGAUAUACGUAGAGGUAGAGAUAGACGACCGUCUAGAGAGAGAGACAGAUUCUUUGAUAAUUACGAUGAUAAAAGAGGUCCACCUGCCAGGGGACAGGUCCCAUGGAACCCGCCAAGGCCAGAUAAUUAUUUUCCACCUGGGCCACAAGCGAUGCAGCCAGGAUACCAGCCUAACAGGUUUGGACAACCUAGAGAUUUUGGACCUCCAUUUAUGAACAAAGAUCCACCGUUCAAUCAACCUCUUCCCCAAACUAUUCAUAGCAUUCAGCCACAAAGGCUGUACCAAGAUAUCGCGCCACCGGGAGUAGACGAUGAUAUUGGUCCACCUGGCGUGGAAGAAUACAAACCGUCCGAGAAAAAAGAGGUUUCCAAGAAAGAAGACAAAUCUGACAAGCGCAAAGAAUCGUCGGACAGGAAACGCAGACAUGAUAAAAGAAGCAGAACCCCGGAGAGAGAAAAACGUUAUAGUCCUAAACGAAAAUCCAGAUCAAAGGAUAGGGGAAAGGAGAGCCCUGAUAAACAUAAAAAGAGAAGGCGAGAUUCUUCUGAUAAAGACGAUCGCAAGAAAGAUCGCGAAAAAGAUUCCGACGAAGAGAAAUCCAAGAAAGGCAAAGAUAAAAAGAAGCACAAAGAUAAAAAGGAAUCUGAGAAAAGAAAGAAACGCGAUAAAAAAGAAAAACAUAAGAAAGACUCUAAAGAUAAAAAAUCUAAAGAAGAAUUCAGACAAGUUAUUCCAAAACAUACCGAUGAAGACGAUGAUGAAAUCGAUGACGAAGCUGAAAAGAAAGAAAAGAAAACCGUUAAUGAAAAGAAACGAUCCGAAAAAGACAAGCCUAAGAAAACUGAAAGGCAGAGGGAAGCUCCCGAAGAGGAGAAUUUAGACGAUAAAAAGGAAAAUAUAAAAUUAGAUGAAAAAGAAAUUGAAAAUCCUGUAAAUAAGGAAUUAGAAGAAGUUAAAGGAUCAGAAAACACCGAAAUAAGUGAAGAACCAUCAUAUAAAAAAGAAAUUACUCCAGAACCAACUUCUUUGAAAUCAGAAUUGUACGGCGAUUUGUUAUCCGAAAUUGACACGAAUGUGAUAGAAAAUUAUGGAAAACUAGACAACGAUUCUCCUUUCGAAGGAAGGGACGAGGGAGUAAAUUUGCCAGCUCCUGACGAUGAAACCGAAAUGACAGAAGAUGGUGAAAUUAAAGAUUACGAAGACGAAGAAAAAGACGUUUUAGAAUUGCAUUCCAGCGAUAUGGAUUUAAAAGCUGAACUAGAAAAAAGCGAUAUAUUAGCUCCUGUUCCGGAGAAAUCAAAAUGGGAAGUGGAUGAUGAUGGAGCGAUAAGUCCUAAAGAUAACAGUAAAUCAGAUUCUAAAUCUGAUAAAAACGGAAAGGUAACAAAUGAGGUUUUAAAGAGAGCCGAGAAUGCCAUAUUUGCCAAAGCAAUAAACGCCAUUAGACCAAUAGAAAUAAAAAAGAUUGGUUCCGAACGAGCAAAGUUGUAUUCCGGUGAAAAAGAUGCAGAAAAAGUGCACGUCAUUGCAGCUCCAGUCAAAACCGAUGCUCCACCCGUUAGAUUAUCAGUCAAAGAACGAUUAGGAGUAAAAGUAGAAGAUACCGAUAAAGUUAUAAAUCUAAGCAGAAGAUCAAAUACUAUGUCGCCUUUUUCAAGAAGAGGAGAAAGUGGAAGGAAUAUUGCACUUGGAGAAAGACGCGUUGAAAUUGAUGAAUACAAUAAACAACUAAGACGAUCUAGGUCGCGAAGAAUUAGUCGAGAUAGACAAAGAAAUAAAAACGAUAGUAGGAAUUUAUCUCGAAAUGACAGUAGAAGAACUGAUCGCAAAAGGGAAAAAUCGAAAAAAGAAGAAAGAGCUAAAAGCGAAGAUGACAAAAAAUCCAAAAGAAAACAUCGUUCCAGAACACGAAGCGAAAGCGAUGAUCGAAAAGACAAACACAAAAAGAAGGACAAAAAGAACAAAAAAGAGAAAUCUAAAAAGAAAGACGAUGAUCAGAAGACUGAUAAAGAAGAAAAAGAAGAAUCUGGUACUACACCCGCAACCGCUAAGCGUAAAGCCACUAUUGAUGAAGCUAAUUUCGAACCCGAUUACGAUGAGUCGCAUUCGGAAGAUGAUGAAAGAAAAGAUAAAAAGAAAUCAAAGAAAGAAUCUGAAAAUAGCUCUAGUUCCGAUUCCGAUUCGUCUUCGAGUUCGGAAGAGGAACGCAAGAAGAAAAAACAUAAAAAACAUAGAAAAAAGAAAAGGAGAGAAUCAAGUAGCGACAGUUCUUCUGAAGAAUCCGACUCCAGUGAUAGUGAUAGAGAUCGAAAGAAAAGAAAGCAUAGGAAAACCAAAAAGAAGAAAAAGAAAUCAAAACACAAAUAA